AUGGCAGAAAGUUCUGAAACACCGGAAAAAAUAGAAGAAAAACCUUUAAAUAAACUGAAAGAUCUAAGAAAAUAUAAAGAGAAAAAUUUCACUGAGAAAUUAUGGCACAUAAAGGACAAUAUAACGGUGGAACCUGUACUGGCGGGUCUCAUCAUACCCAGUGUUAUCUCCCGAUUUGCCAUGACAAAUUUUAAUUUGGACAAAUCAUGCAGAGUUUAUUUCGAGUUUCCUGAUGAAGUUUGCGGAGCUCUGGUAAAUAAAGCAAGCCACAGUAACUACACAGAUUACGAAAAGCAGGUACAAAAAUUGAUAUCAUCAAUUGAUAUUUGGAAAAGCAUAAUUCAUACAGCGUUGCCAUGCAUGAUAAUAAUGUUUCUUGGGGCAUGGAGUGACAGAACCGGCAAACGUAAGAUCAUUAUUAUGCUACCAAUAUUUGGAGAACUCGUAACAUCUAUUAGUAACCUAAUAAAUGUAUACUUCUUCUACGAAAUUCCGGUUCACGUUACAAUAUUCUUAGAGACUAUAUUUCCAUCUGUAACUGGAGGUUGGGUGACAAUGUUCCUCGGUGUAUUUAGUUAUAUCAGUGACAUAACAUCAGAACGAUCCAGGACCUUUAGGGUAGGAUUAGUGAACUUUUGUAUGACAGCUGGAAUUCCUAUCGGCCUUGGGAUGAGUGGAAUGUUGAUAAAAAAGUUGGGAUACUAUGGAAUAUUUGGCACAACAUCAGGAUUGUAUCUCGUUGUAAUAUUAUACGGCUGCUUCUGUUUAAAGGAGCCUGAUGAUUGGCUGAGAGACAGGGGACUUCCAGUUAUCGAACGCGGUGACAGCAAGGGCGUAUCGUUUUUCGAUGUCACUCACGUUUUGGACACAAUUGGCGUAGCGUUUCAGAAACGACCCUCGAAUCGUCGGGUCAAAGUGAUCCUCACACUUCUGACUGUGUUCAUUCUGUUUGGACCAGCUAUGUCGGAGCAUAAUGUGUUUUACCUCUUCGUAAGAAAUCAACUUCAGUGGGAUAUGGUAAAGUUCAGUCUCUACACAAGUUAUUCCAUUAUUCUGCAUUCAAUAGGUGCAAUGUUCUGUAUAACAAUAUUCAGCAAGAAGCUGCAGCUCGAUGAUUCAUUGCUUUGCCUCAUCUCGAUCUCCAGCAAGUUUGUCGGAUCAGUAUGGACAGCGUUUGUCAAGACAGAUUUGGAGCUGUAUUUAAUUCCCGUAGCCGAAUUACUCAACGGUACGACAUUUACAUCGCUACGCUCAAUUAUAUCCAAAUUAGUAGAAAAACAUGAAACCGCAAAAGUCAAUUCAUUAUUCUCUUUGACGGAGACGGUCGCUUCUCUGAUCUUUCAACCAUUCUACUCCUGGCUCUACAUGAACACCCUCCAGGUUCUGCCAGGUGCUGUUUUCCUCACAAGUGCUGGCUUGAUCGUACCAGCGUCUUUCAUACUUAUACUGUUUUAUGUGCAAUAUAGAAAAGAAUUAGCAAGUGCAAGAAAAAUGGCACUAGAAGCGGAAGAAAAAAAAGAGAAUUCUAUUAAAACUACAGAAAAAGCUGGUGGUCCAGAAGUUAAUGUAAAAUGUGCAUAA